AUGAUUUUACUCCUUUUAUGCAAGGAUGCUUGUCUCAGAGACAUUAACAGGCUUAAUUUUUCUUUUUGCUUUCUUUUUUUUUUCUUUCUUUCUUUUUUUAUUUUCUCCUUCAUCGUUUCUUUCUUUCUUUCUUUCUUUCUUUCUUUUUUUUAUAUUUCUUCUCCUUCAUCGUUUUCUUCUUCUUCCUUUCUUUCUUCCUUUUUUCCUUCAUCCUUUCUUUCUUUCUUUCUUUCUUCUUCAUUUUUUUCUCCUUCAUCGCUUUCUUUCUUUUUUUUUCUUUCUUUUUUUAUUUAUUUCUUUCUUUCUUUCUUUUCACUUACAUUUUUCUUUCCUUUCUUUUUUCCUUUUUCUUUUUCUUUCUUUUCUUUCUUUCUUACAUUUUCUCCUUCAUCACUUUCUUUCCAUUUCUCCAUCUCUUUCUUCCCUUUUCUUUCUUUCUUUCUUUUUUUCCAUUUUUUUUUUCCUUUCUUUCUUUCUUUCUUUUUACAUUUUCUUCUUCGUCUUUUUUUUUUUUUCUUUCUUUUUUUCUUUCCUUUCAUUUUCUUUUUUUUUCCUUUCUUUCUUUCUUUUCUUUUUUUUUCUUUUUCAUUUUUUCUUUUUUUUCUUUCUUUCUUUCUUUCUUUUCUCCUUCUCCUUUCCUUUCUUUUUUUCUUUCUUUCUUUUAUAUUUUUCUCCUUCAUCGUUUCUUUCUUUCUUUCUUUCUUUUUUCUUUCUUUCUUUCUUUUUUUUUAUAUUUUUCUCCUUCAUCGUUUCUUUCUUUCUUUCUUUCUUUCUUUCUUUCACUUAAUUUUUCUCCUUCUUUCUUUCUUUCUUUUCUUUUUUCUUUUUUUUCUCCUUCAUCCUUUCUUUCUUUCUUUCUUUCUUUUCUUUCUUUUGUUUAUUUCUUUCUUUCUUUCUUUUUUCACUUUUUUUUCUCUUCAUCGUUUCUUUCUUUCUUUUUUUUUUUUUCUUUCUUUCUUUCUUUCUUUCUUUCUUUCACUUACACUUUUCUCCUUCAUCACUUUUUCUUUCUUUUUACAUUUUUCUCCAUCAUCACUUUCUUCCUAUUUUCUUUCGUUCUUUCUUUCUUUCACUUACAUUUUUCUCCUUCAUCGCUUUCUUUCUUUCUUUCUUUUUACAUUUUUCUCCUUCAUCGCUUUCUUUCUUUCUUUCUUUCUUUUUUCUUUCUUUCUUUCUUUCACUUACAUUUUUCUCCUUCAUCGCUUUCUUUCUUUUUUCCUUUCUUUCUUUCUUUCUUUCUUUCUUUCUUCCUUCUUACAUUUUUCUCCUUCAUCGUUUUCUUUCUUUUUUUUUCUUUCUUUCUUUCUUUCUUUCUUUUUUCUUUCUUUCUUUCUUUCACUUACAUUUUUCUCCUUCAUCGUUUUCUUUCUUUUUUCCUUUCUUUCUUUCUUUCUUUCUUCUUACAUUUUUCUCCUUCAUCGUUUUCUUUCUUUUUUCUUUCACUUACAUUUUUCUCCUUUAUCGCUUUCUUUCGUUUUUUCUUUCUUUCUUUUUACAUUUUUCUCCUUCAUCAGUUUCUUUCUUUCUUUUCCUUACAUUUUUCACCUUCGUUGGUUUCUUUCUUUCUUUCUUUCUUUCUUUCUUUGA